UGCCCGGCCAAGGACUGGCACCUGGCUAGUCCCCAAGCGGGGGCGGGGGGGGACUCCCCGGGGUGGAUACAGGGGUGGGAUUUGUCCUGAGCGUGUCUGACCAGAUGCCUCUCCCGCCGGAGUAACUGAGGCCUCUCAGCCCAUGGCCGUGGGCGCUCCAGACCGAGGCUGGGGAGCCCCCGCCAAGGCACACGGCCCCCCCGGGGGGUGGGGCAGCGUCUUCCUUGCGUGUGGCUGCCGGGCUGCAGAACCAGCGCAGGAGCAUGUGUGUUGUGACCCUGAGGAUAAGAGCUGGAUUUGGGAUGGAGAGAGAACCCCAGCGGCAGCAGGGAGCAGAACCCAGGCAUGCGACUGGCCUCGAAGACAGGGCCACCAGGCACGGCGGGGCCUGCAGUCUGGGGACCGACCUGCCACUGAAGGCAUAAGUGGCUCCACGUGCAGCCCGUCCAUCUUCGCUCAGGUGAUGGUGCUCUCAGAGGGCCCCCCCCCCUCCGCCCCGCCCCAUCACAAGGAUGCACGUUCCCACCCCCCACAGCAGGGGGCAGGCUGGGCCAUCAGCUCUCUGGGAGCCAAUGCCACCCAGUCUGAGGACCCCUGGCCAAGGCUUCUGGACACGGAGCGUGGUGGCCAACGGGCUUUUAAAAGACUUUAUUGGGGAAACGUACAGGGGUGGAGACCGUCCUUGGAGAUAGCUCACGACGCGGUCCUCCAGUCCAUCUCGCUGGGCGGCUGCCAUCCCAGGGGCCCCUGCUCAGAAGCAUCUGACCUGGGGGCAGGAGCAAAAGGGGAGGGGCUGGACGGGGCCUCCCAGCUCCUCAGGGAGGGGCCCUGGCUCAAAGGGGCGAGCCCUCUCCCCGCCCGGGAUUCCAUCACCUCCUGGGGGAGAGGGUUGCAGUUUCCCAGGAGGCCUGGGGCUACCGGAAGCUUCCCCGACAUGCCUCUCGGCUCCGGUCUCAAGACCAGAGUCACACGACUGCUCCCCAAGCCCCAGACACCUCAGAGGGUCCCUCGUGCACUCGGGCCGGGUGCCACUCACCGGUUUUGGCGGGGGCCUCGUCUGUGACUCCUGGAGGGGCCCAGCCUGGGGGUGGCCAC